CAUAUGGUCGUGAACUAUUCAAUUUGUGUGUUGCCACGUGUUUGUUACUAGUAUCAUAGGAGAGUAUCGUAUUAACUAUGUCUUCUCUCGUGAACAAUAGAGAAGAAGCACGACCAGUCAGCACAACCACAUAUUUCUUGGGGAUAGUGAAACAAGUCUUAUCGGGAGAUACUAUUGUAAUACGUGACAGACCCAUAAAUGGUCCUCCUCCAGAACGAACCAUUAUUUUGUCCAAUAUAUCAUGUGGUCGCGUUGCUCGUAAGCCGUCGACGGGAAUUCCCACUGGAACACCAGAAGAUCCGUUUGCUUGGGAGGCCAGAGAGUUUGUUCGUACUCUUUUAGUUGGUAAAGAAGUUUGCUAUUCUGUCGAAACAGAACAGCCAUCUGGUCGCAAAUAUGGAUGUGUGUAUGUUGGGAAAAAUAUCAGUGGAGAAAAUGUUGCUUUGUCCUUAGUGGAACAAGGCUUAGCUGAAGUGAGAAAGCUAAAUCCGACAAUAGCUGCCAAAAAUAAAAUUUACCAGCAACUAGUAACCGCUCAAGAACAGGCAAAGUCACUUGGUAAGGGUCGUUGGUCUCCCAAUCUCCCUGUUACAAGAGAAAUCCUUUGGUCAGUCGAGAAUACUCGCAGCUUCUUUGAGAGCUACAAAAACCGACCACUUAAAGCUGUUGUCGAAAAUGUUCGAGAUGGUUGUUCUGUACAAGUCUUCAUUCUACCUGAAUCCCUUAAUGAAAAGCCAAAUACAUUUGUAUACGUUACUGUCACAAUGUCAGGAAUUAAAUCGCCAUCGAUACGUUAUGAGGAUGGAAAAAUUGUUCCCGACGCGUGGGGUCUCGAUGCGCUAUUCUUUACCGAAUCCAGACUGCUACAGAGAGACGUUACUAUACUGUUGGAAUCCGUAUUUAAUCAAACUUUCGUCGGAAGCAUCCUCCACCCAAAUGGAAAUAUAGCUGAGUUGUUGCUGCGUCAUGGUCUUGCUCACUGUAUUGAUUGGAAUCUAAACUUAGUAAGCGUCCCAGGUGCUGCCGAAGCCUAUAAAAUAGCUGAAAGACUUGCGAAAGAAAAGCGACUACGCGUGUUUGAAAACUACCAGCCCACACAAACAACGGAAGUACAUGCAGACAGUCUUCAAACAGUUGUUCCAGGGAAAAUAUUCAGUGGAAUUAUAUGUGAAGUCGGAAACGGUGAUAACGUCUCUAUCAAAUGUUCAGAUGGUGUCCAUAAAUUCUUUCUAUCCAGCAUAAGAGCUCCACGACCACAGACCAGCAGCAAGGAAGACGAUUCUUCUGUCCAACGUGGUCGUAUUCGUCCGCUUUACGACAUACCUUAUGUGUUUGAAGCUAGAGAGGUACUUCGCCAGUUCGUCGGAAAACAAGUAACUGUUCAAGUUGAUUACAUUCAACCGAAGACAUCUAAUACUGUUGACGAACGUGUUUGUGCUACAGUGCGAGCUGAUGAUGUCAACCUUGCAUUGACCCUAGUUUCAAAAGGUCUGGCCUCUGUAGUGCGUUAUCGAAACGCUAAUGAUUCUCGUUCUGUAUUUUACGGUGAACUUCUUGCGGCAGAAGAAAAUGCGCAGUCUAAGGGACUCGGAAUGUAUAGCAAACAAGAUCCCCCGAUUCAUCGUGUUGCCGAUCUCACAGGUAAUAAAAGAGUUGAAGCUGUCUUAAAAGAGACUGUGGUUCUACUAAUUUGUAGAUAG